AUGGACGAGCUACUAUCAAAGCACCGCAAGGAACAAAAAGACUUGCAAGGCCGCAUUACUCAAAAGAAAAAGUCCGCCACGAAGAAGACCCGCAGAGGCAUCAAUGAUGAUUGCGAGCGCAUGCAACGAGAGCUUAAUGAGCGACACCAAACAGAAAUCGCACAACUAAAUGGCGAACCACUUGAGCCAGUGGAAGCCCUAGAAGACCUCAACCUGGAUGACGAAGCCCCCGCCGAUAUAGAAUCGAACGAGAACAAGACACCUCAGGAUGCAGAACCAACGCCCAACCCAGCAGAAGAACAACCUACUCAAACAAAGAAGCCCAACCGUCAAAAGGCCCGCCUAGCUCGUCGAGCAGCCGAGCAAGCUGCGGCGGCUGAAGCUGCAGCCGAAGAAGCCGCCAACCAAACAAAUUAUAGAGGCGACGAGAAAGAAGUGAUGGACGCUGUAUUCAAGAAGCUCGGUCUGAAGGAAAUAGAAGUCAACCCAGAUGGACAUUGUCUCUAUUCCUCUGUUGCCAAACAGCUAGACGAUUCCGGACUCGGCUUGCGGCCGGACCCAAGCCGAAUUGUUCUCCAGCCUACAACACAAUCACGCAUUGACACCGUUGCAUCACCACAGCAUGAUGGCUAUCGAGCCGUCCGAGCCGUGACGGCGGACUUUAUCGAUCAGAACAAAGACGAUUUCGAAGCUUUUAUGGAAGAGCCGUUAGAUGUGUAUACGCGGAAGAUUAAGCUCACUGCUGAGUGGGGAGGGCAUUUAGAAUUGCAGGCGAUAGCCCGAGCCUACGGUGUGGAAAUUAAUGUUGUCCAGAGUGAUGGGCGAAUGGAGAAGUUCGAAGCGAGCGACAUGGACAGCUUUGAUGAGGAGGAAAAGCGCAAGCGUGUCAUUUGGCUGGCGUAUUAUAGACACUCCUACGGACUUGGCGAGCACUACAACGCUCUUACAAAACAAUCUUGA